UGUUAGAAUUUAUACUUUUUAUCAAUGAAAAUUAAAUUAGGUUCAAAAUAUAUUGCAUUUGUCAAAUUAAAUUUGAAAAAUGAGAUAAUUUUAUUCAAGGAUUGUCAUCGAACCCAUACCAAUCUCUAGUCAAAGCAAAACGUACUAGUCGAGGAGAAAGAAGACGAAAGAAGAGGACACAAUAGAGGAAGAGGGGGAAGAAGGAAGAAAAGAAAGCUGAUGGAAGAGGAGAACGAAAAGGGAGAAAGAAAACGAGGGGCAUGAGAAGGAGUGUACUAGGGAGAUAGACAACGACGAAUAAUAGUAACGACAAUAGUAAUAUCAAUUCCACACAACCCACGAGAAUAGCGAUCAUGUUUGUGAGCCGCCCUAAUUGUUGUUUUAUUUUUUUAUACUAAAUUGGAUUGGACUGUUUGAAACGAGGGCAGUCCAUGUGUCAAUAUAAACCUGGACCGGUAUAUAUCACCUAUUUUAUACUGUAACAAAAGGUAUAGUAGUCCUUGGUUUUAUUCACCUAGGGUUGAAAAAGAAUAUAAAACUCAACAGUGUACAAUGAGACGACUUGAUCAGAUCAAGACAACAACCCUACUUCCUUUGGACUAUUUUUGUCUCAUUAUGGAUAUAAAUGAUGAUAUGUUGUGAAAGUUAUGCUAGAUCUAGUUACACAAGAUAUAGUUAGCAUGCACCAUCCAUAACAAAUGUGAUACAGUUAGGUGAAUGAUAGGCACAAGCAUAUUUGGCAUAACAUAUUAGAUAUGAUUUAAUGUUUGUUUGGUUGUUUAAGAGAUGAGAUGGCUAUGGUACAUUCAACAAUAACAACGACAAAGCAGGUCCAAAUUAUUUGGAGUCAACUAUGUGAAUCUUUUGAUGGAUCUUUUGCUGUCAUUUAGAGGUUAUGAAACCUCGAGUGUUAAAUGAUAAUAAAAAAUAAAAAUAUAUAUAUUAGGGGAGAGAAACAAGAAAAAUUGAUAGAUAAUAAACAUGUAAUUGUUUGUACCUAAAGUAUGUCUUGAGGGCCUAUCUUGAGGACACAUCAUUUUGUUGGUCAUGACUAUGUAGCUAACAAUUAACUAUCCUUAUUUAUAAAUAUGUUUAGUCCCACAUCAGUAACCAAAGCUUAUAAGAGCAAAAGUUACCUCCUCUGAGGGCUUUUGGAAUCCACCCCCCCAGUGGAUAAUCAUGCAGGACCCAAAGCAAAAAAUUUAUUGCAAACUCACAUCGAGAGGAAAGGUUAAUUGAUCAUUCUUAGAGUGAUCAAUGUUUGCAGAAUUUGCUUUCUUGAAGAGCAAAAAGAAGAUGAGACUUGCUUUUAUCAUGACAAAAUGGUUGUCCUCUCUCAGCCCCUUACAGUAUCAAUUUAGUUAGUUGGUAAAGAUUUUGACAAUCUACCAUAAGGUCCUGGGUUCAUUGUGGCUCACAUGAUCCUACUCGCCUGGACUCACCAUUUACCCUUUGUAUUAAAAAAAAAUCUAUAUAGACACUCACUGAGGCCCAAGUCUAUCUGUCCAUAUUGAUGAAUACUAAUGAUGGUUGAAUAGUAGGAAAAAUAAGACCUUAUAUGAAUCAAAUACCUCUACACUUAGAGGCCCACCAGAGGGGACAAUAUCACGCCCUAAGAUUCAAGACAAAUGAUAACUUAUCACUUAUUAACUAAACCUUUCAAGAAUCGAUGUUAUUUGUUACUAACGCUACAUGAGAAAUGUAACUCAUAAAGGUAAAGGAAAUACAAGAUUUAUCAAAGAUGUUUUUUGGUCUAGGGUAACCUAUUAACUGAUCUACCAGCAAUAGAAACUAUUAACUGAUCUAGGGCAACCUAUAACCUAAGAAGAAUAUCAGCAUACUUAUCUGAUUAAACCUCUUAGUAAAGACCCAAACUGAUUGUAUCAAUAAUUGUUUGUUGGCUAUUAUCCAAAUAUAUUAUACCUGAUCUGCAAGUUGUACUUGCACCUUCUAGCAGUUGAAAUAUGACUUAAAUGUAUGGAAUUAUCAUUGAGCUCAUAUUUGUGAAAUUAUUCAAAUUCAUAGGACAUACUAUAUCAUGGAGAUGGUAUAUUAUAAAAUUCAUGCUAUAUCAAAAGUAAUCUCCCUACUCAAAAGUAUAUGAAGAUUUACAUGGAGAUGGUAUGAACAUAUAUAUGGAAAAAAAACAUUAUGUGAAAUGUUAUAAGCAAAGUAAGUUGAGAGAUAACAAUAAAAGGAUAAGUUUGUCAAUAGAAAACAAGGCUAAGAUUUUCUCUCUUUGCAAUUGAAUAAAUGUGUCAUAAACUGAUAUUCAUCAGAAACCAUCUUUACUUACUAGAUGAUGACCAGAUUUUGAUCAAGCAGAAAUUAUUUUGUUCAAUAGCAGCUUAUCAUGCAAACCAUACUAUUUUUUAAGGCACAUGGAGCUAUCUAUUCCAUGAUAAAUUGUUGCUUGUAGUUUCCAUAUGUUGAAUUGCAGAUGUAUCAUUUACUUCAAUCCAGCCUGGAGAAGACAGUGGAUCAUUACCAGAAAUUUAUGAAAGCAGAAAAAUAUUUUGAUAAGCACAAUGAAAAGGAGCAGGUAAUUUUAUUUUUAUUUUAUUGUUUUCAUUGAAAUGUUAUAAGCAAAGUAAGUUAAGAGAUAACAAUAAAAGGAUAAGUUUGUCAAUAGAAAACAAGGCUAAGAUUUUCUUUCUUUGCAAUUGAAUAAAUGUGUCAUAAACUGAUAUUCAUCAGAAACCAUCUUUACUUACUAGAUGAUGACCAGAUUUUGAUCAAGCAGAAAUUAUUUUGUUCAAUAGCAGCUUAUCAUGCAAACCAUACUAUUUUUGAAGGCACAUGGAGCUAUCUAUUCCAUGAUAAAUUGUUGCUUGUAGUUUCCAUAUGUUGAAUUGCAGAUGUAUCAUUUACUUCAAUCCAGCCUGGAGAAGACAGUGGAUCAUUACCAGAAAUUUAUGAAAGCAGAAAAAUAUUUUGAUAAGCACAAUAAAAAGGAGCAGAAUCACGAAAAAGGAUUUGCUUGUUCAGAAGGCAAUUUCAAACUACUGGAGAUUGCUGAAAGGUUUCUCGAAACAGAUUUUGCCAAGCUGAAUAUCGAUGGUCUCAAACAAUUGGAGAAUGAUUUAAUUGAUGCAUUCAAAUGGACGACCUCAAGAAAGAGUUCAUUUUCACAUUCAGCCCAUUAGAACCAAUCUUCUCAAACAUGAUCAUACAAGCAUUACAAGAAACCUGCAAGCGGAAAGAAGAGAGUCUCUCCUAGGACAUAAAUGUGGCAUUUCCUGAUCUAAUUGUAAGUGCAUUAGCAUGAACCAGGAGGAAUCACUACUUGAGAGAAGAUUCUUGCAAUCUGUAGGUAGAACACUCGAGUUGUCGAUCAUGUCACUGUGCCCUGUCAUUCUUGUACAGGCAACAAUGAUGGUGCAGAGGAGGAUCGGAGAGAACCGAGGCUGAGGGGGGCGACGACGACGACAGGAGCGCGGCGGCCGAUGCAGCGGGAUCAUCACGAGGGAACCGGGGAGGCCACCGCCCUGUAUGGAGGCCGCCACCUUAGCGGCUGUCGAAGCUGACAUUGGGCACCGGCACGUAGUAGAAACCCGUUGGGCUGUCGCGUUCUUCUCCAUUUGUGUAAGCGGUGUGCAGUGCGGCGGUUUAUACCGACUUUUGUGCUUCUGGAAAGAUUGGGAAUCCUGCCACGUAUGUCUGUCAGAGAUGGUCUGGCACCUUCGGGAGGUUUUUACGAACCCAAGGGACACGUGACAGUCACGUGAGAAGAGGUUGAGCUGUCAUUUUAGCGAACUUGCCAUCGUCUUUCGAGCGAAUGCAACGAAAACACUCCGGUCCUUAUUUUCCUGA